GGUGGAAUUGCUCCUUGGCUUUGCCAGCUUAAUACCGGACUCUCAGCGACGACAGCGUCGAUAUUCAGCAUAACACCCUUGCUCGUCCACUACAACAAAAAGCAAAGACAGAAAACAACACUCAAGAAAGGUAUCAAAAAAACAAAAACCAACAUGAAUCCAAAAAGCAGAAAAAACACCCAAGCAGCAACAAUACAGCGUACCAUACCAGCAAAGCCCCAAAAACAGUACCUUAUGCCACCCACCCCAUCCAUACCCGAUCCAGCCCUCACUCACCACCAGCACCACCAAGAUCCACACCCCCCAAAAACCCCACCAAGCAAGCCAGCCCAUCUCAAUCACAACAACAGCACCCAACACAGCAUUAAACCCCACCACCAACAACAGCAGCAGCCAAGACCUAGUGACUACGUACACAAUACAACUGCGCCAGCAUAGCCCAGCCAACCGCGCUGCAAUGCAAAGCAAUAACAAUAAGAA